CUGCUCCCCUACCCCCUCCCUCCGUUCUCCUCCUCCUCCUCUCCGCGCUGCUCUCUCCGCCUUCCAGGCGCAGCGCCCCGGGAGCGGCGGCGCCGCGGCACGAACCGAGCCCGAGCGCGGGAGCUGCGCCAGGCCCCGGCUGGGAUCCGCCGAGCGAGCAGAGCUCCCCGCCGCUCCUGCGACGAUGAUUCCGCCGCGCCCCGCAGCCCCUGGCGCCGCGCGGCCCGCGCUGAGACCCUGCCAGCUGUCCCGUUUUAUGGAGCUGCAGGCUGGGGCCAGCCUAGCUCCCCUGCUGACUCCUGGAAAUGCUGCUGGUCUCAGCGUGGAGAGACCCUCGGCAGCCUCGCAGAGCCUGAGUGCUGAGGCAGCAGUGGCGGUGGCCCCUCUGUGUGCCCCGGUUAACUACUAUGGCCGUGUACUGCUAUGCGCUCAAUAGCUUGGUGAUAAUGAAUAGCAACAGUGAGGUGACAAGUGGCAGGAGCAAGACGCCACCUCCUCCUGGACAAAUGCUGCCUAGGGGUCCAGAGACACUUGGCAGCUGCCACCCGCUCCCUGUCUUCAGUCCCACGCCUGUGCCACCCCGCUCUCCAUGCUGCAGCCCUGCUUUCCUGUUUCCUCCACUUGAGGAGCCCACUUGUGGGGCCUGGCGGGGCAGCUGGGGCAAAGAAGAGCAGCCAGGAGCCCCCACAGCACGGCAACUUCAGCAGGACCUGCACAAUGUCCAGGUGAACCAGAAAGUGGGGCUCUUUGAGGCACACGUCCAGGCGCACAGCUUUGCUACCCAGCCACUGCAGAACCCCUGGCUAUCCCAGCCCCAGCCUGCUAGCCCCACAGCACCACUGGUGGGACUUGGAACCGGGCCCCAGACACGAGCCCAUGGGGAAAGUGAGGCUCCCAGUGCUGGUGGCGUGCAGGUCUGUCCAAGCACUGCAGAACCUUUGGGGAGGCCAGUGGUGAUGGUUGUCCCAUCUGUGGGGUUGGUGGAGGGCAGGAGCCCCUUCGAGCCAUCAGGGCCUGCACCACGGCAAGGCAAGGUGGUAGUGGCCCCCACAGGACUUGAGGGCCAGUGUCCAGCCAUUAGUGGAAGCAUCCCUGCUGUCAUCGUCACGGACCUGGGGGGCCCAGAGGAGGAGGCAGGCACCGUGCCCCCCGGCAGCCUGCCUGUCCGGAAGCUGUCAUCCUCCUCAGCCUCUUCCACUGGCUUCUCCUCAUCCUGGGAGGAGUCUGAGGAGGACAUCUCCAGUGACCCGGAGCGUACCCUGGAGCAGACACCGGCCUUCCUGCAGACCCUGGACCAGCAGAAGCCCCGAGUGAGCAAAUCAUGGCGGAAAAUCAAGAAUAUGGUGCACUGGUCCCCAUUUGUGAUGUCCUUCAAAAAGAAGUACCCUUGGAUCCAGCUAGCGGGACAUGCAGGUAGUUUCAAGGCAGCAGCCAAUGGCAGGAUACUGAAGAAGCACUGUGAAUCAGAGCAGCGAUGCCUCAACCGACUGAUGAACGAUGUCCUAAAGCCCUUUGUUCCUGCCUACCAUGGUGAUGUUGUGAAGGAUGGGGAGCGAUACAACCAGAUGGAAGAUUUGCUGGCUGAAUUUGACUCCCCGUGCGUCAUGGACUGCAAAAUGGGGGUCAGGACGUACUUGGAGGAGGAGCUGAUAAAGGCCCGGAAGAAGCCAAGCCUGAGGAAGGACAUGUACCAGAAGAUGAUUGAGGUGGACCCUGAUGCCCCCACUGAGGAGGAGAAUGCGUUGCGGGCGGUAACCAAACCCCGCUACAUGCAGUGGAGGGAGACCAUCAGCUCAACUGCCACACUGGGCUUCAGGAUCGAGGGGAUAAAGAAAGAAGAUGGCACUGUGAACCGGGAUUUCAAAAAGACACGGACUAAGGAACAAGUCAUGGAAGCCUUCAGGGAGUUCACCAGAGGAAACUGCAAGGUUUUGAACAGUUACCUUAACCGUUUGAAGGGUAUUCGUGCUACUCUGGAGACAUCCCCGUUCUUCAAAUGCCAUGAGGUAAUUGGGAGCUCCCUUCUCUUCAUUCAUGACAAGAAGGAACAAGCCAAAGUCUGGAUGAUUGACUUUGGGAAAACCACCCCGCUGCCAGAGGGGCAAGUUCUCCAGCACAACGUGCCCUGGGUGGAAGGAAACAGAGAGGAUGGCUACCUCUGGGGGCUUGACAACCUCAUUCAGAUCCUGACAGAGUUGUCCCAGAGUGAAGACUUGCAUUAAAGCCGCAUGUCUGCCUCUGCCACUACCCCCAACCUGACCCCAACUGACUCUCCUGAACUGCACUACAAGACACUUUCCAGCCCUCACCCUUCCCAUUUGAAAGCUAUACUCUCCCUAUUUAAGGUUUUGGGUUUUUUUUCAUUUUUUCUUGGGUUUUGGUUUGGUCCCCACCCCCAUGUAAAUAGAAAGUUAACCCGCCAGAACAAAAGCUGAACUUGAAACCUUGGCUUUGCAGAGUCGGUGGGAGCACAUUGCCAUGCCAGGUGUCAGCAGUCCAGCAGGGGUUGCUUAGGCCGAUAUGUGCUUAGCCUAUCACACUUCUGUCUGUUGUGCAGCCUGAUUUUUAAGAGGGCUGAUGAAGGAAGAAGCCUUUCUCUGAGCUGGGACUGUAUCUGCAUCCCAAAAACACUCAGUGGCCAUGCCCACUGGUGUGUAUGAGCAAGGCCUGGAGACAGCAAAAGUCAGUAGGGUAGUUAUCUUUGCGAGCGCCUUUCACCCUAGGGACCUGGCUGGGCCGAGUCCUUAAGAGAUGCUAGAAGGGUGGAUUUGGGUUUUAGUUUGUGUUCAGGACAUCCCGUGGAGGUUACUCAGUUAUUUGCAGGUGAUGCUUGGAGAGUGAGGGUUUCCCUCCUGCGGGGAGCACAUGGUUCAGCACAGGUAUUUACCAUGACCAGGUGCUUCCCACCCGCCUGCCCUGUGCUAGGUGCACUGCUGUGGUGGGUAGCUAGCUCCUCUCUAGAGAUCAAUCUCCCCACCUAGGAGCUGCUUCCAGCCCUCCUUAGCCGAGGUCUCCAACCCCAACUUUGGGCAGGGCUAGGGAAGAGAAAAAUAGUUUAUAAGGGACUACUGUGAGCCCUAAAGUAGGCAUUCAAGUCGAUGGGUCUUUUUUGGCUGCAGCUGAGCAUGUGUGUAGGAGUAGUGCUGCCAAUGCUUGCACCUUGUCCACAGUAACCUUCCUGCGUGGAGCAUCUCUAUCUAAACCGCAGAUUGCCUGGAGCAGGCAAAGAGUUACACCAUUAAAUCAGCUCUCAAAGUGGCUGGGUUAGUCCUCUUCAGCAAAGUGGCGUUUGGGUCAGGCAUCCCUGUGCUUCCCUUUUUUUUUCUCCACAGAGCUGGCUGACUGCCGCUGCUCUUUGGCCUCCCAGCCUGCUCAGGCUGCAUGGAUGGCCUCUGUGCUCCCCCUGACGAAAACACCCAGUUCCCUAUUUAGGGCGGAGGCUAUUUUUUAACUUCCUGGAACAUUUGAACUUGCUCACAGUAGAGCUGGCUAGCUAAAUGUCAGCCACCGAGAGGCUGGUGGGGAGGGGAGGCUGCAGGGCAAGCUGAGUCGUCCCUCACAGUGUGAAUAGAAGGAACGUGCAGUGCUGGAAGUGGUGCAGAAGACUGACAGCCCUGAAUCCCUCACCCACUCCGUCCCCAAACCCACCAUCUCAUCUCACUCCCAGGGAGCAGAGCCCCCUGCCAUAGUUCAGUGGAUCCAGCACCCUUGGUGGGACAGGUCUGCUGGCAGCAAUAAGGAGGAGUUGGCCAUCAAGUGGUCUGCAGCCAUGCCCCAGCCUCUUUCCUGGGUAUUGAAGUCUCCUGAGGUUUCUCUCAGUUCAUAACUCGCCAGACAGAUGUCUUCAGCUCAUCUGAUGCCAUUGUAAAUGGUUGCACUGGUUUUGCUCUUUGCCAGGCUUUCUAGAAUAGCCCAUGUGGAAGUGCCUUAUAAGACUUGCCACUGUUCCAUUAGUGUCAUGGAAAAAAAUUGAGGUUUUUUAAGUUAUAUUUAUUUUUAUCCCAUUUUUAUUGCACAAAACACUAAAACUUAAUGCAUGGAAUCCUUUUUUUUUUUUUAACUUUUUUUUUUUUAGUUUUUAAACCAUCCCUUUUCCAGCUUUGGAGAAAGGGUGUGAAUAGAUAUGCAUACAUAUGUACCAGUUAUCGCUGUACUUUAGCUUCAAGCUGCUCUUAUAUAUGUAUAUUAUUUUUUAAGCCUGUUUAUAAACAAGAUUCCUUGCUUCGUGGCUUCAGAAGCAGCAGGUUGUUCCUCUCAGAAGUCUUAUGCCUUUCUGGAGCCUGGAACGGUUGCUGUGAGGGAUUUUCCCUGCUCCCACUUUCUCUCUCGGUCAUUGGUAAAACAGAAAAAUCUGAACCGGUCUGGAACACCAACGCACAGUGCCUGUAAAAAAAUCCUGUAACUUUGCAAAUAAAGGCAUAUGGGAAGCAUUUGGCUGGUCCUUG